CUAGUGUUACGCCAGCCGCACAGGCAAUCGCAAAAGUAAAACUUACUGUCGUUGGGUUUGACAUGAACUCAAAUAAAAAAUCCACGGUCAUUGAUGUCGAAUCUGAAGAUGACAUCGUUAUUUCUGGCAUCGCCGGUAGAUUUCCUAAAUCUGAUAAUAUUAGCCAGCUUCAAGAAAACCUAUUUAACAAAGUGGAUCUUGGAUCAGAUGAGGAACGACGAUGGAAUCAUGGUCACCCAGAUUUGCCUCAACGUAUGGGACUGAUUAAUAAUAUCGAAAAGUUCGAUGCAGAUUAUUUUGAAAUUCCCUUCAACAAAGUCCAUUUCAUGGAUCCUAUGAGUAGGAUGCUCAUGGAGCAUACGUAUGAAGCUAUCGUCGAUGCAGGAAUAAAUCCGAAAAAUUUAUCUGGAACAAAAACUGGAAUUUUUAUUGGAAUAUGCGCGUCGGAGUCAGAGAAAACUUGGUUAUUUGAAAAACCACAGGUAGCCGCAGCUUUCGAAUGUUACAAGACUCUAAACGCAAAUCGGAUGUCUUACUGGUUAAAUAUAACAGGACCAUCUUGCACACUCGAUUCCGCGUGCAGCUCAAGUCUCUUCGCUUUAGAGUGCGCUUAUAGAAGUAUACGGUCAGGGCAGUGUGACGCUGCCAUUGUCGGCAGUGUAAAUCUCUGCCUUAAUCCUUAUAUGGCAUUGCAGUUUGCGCGACUCGGAAUUUUAGCACCUGACGGAUUCUGCAAACCUUUUACCAACGAUGCAAACGGUUAUAUGCGUAGCGAGACAAUCGGAGUCGCAUUUUUACAAAAAGCAAAGGUGGCUAAGAGAAUUUAUGCAACCGUCAUCUAUGCGAAAACUAACUGUGACGGAUACAAGGAACAAGGCAUUACUUUCCCGUCGAGCAAAAUGCAACAAACUUUACUUGAAGAGUUUUACAAUGAAUGCGGUAUUUCACCGACUUGCUUAGGCUACAUGGAGGCUCACGGCACCGGCACUUAUGUUGGCGAUCCAGAAGAAAUCAAUGCACUCGAGCAGGUUUUCUGCAAGAACAGGCAAACUCCUCUAUUAAUCGGCUCUAUCAAGUCAAACUUGGGCCAUUCUGAAGCUGCUAGUAGCAUGUGUCAAAUUGCUAAGGUGAUAAUUGCAAUGGAAACUGGCUUAAUCCCGCCAAAUAUAAACUUCACACAAAUACGGAAAGGUGUUAAGGCUUUAGAAGAUGGAAGCAUACGCGUGGUGACCAACACAACACCGUGGACUUCUGAAUUUAUAGGUAUCAAUUCGUUUGGUUUUGGUGGAGCCAAUUGCCACAUCUUGAUGCGAAGUAACACAAAGGAUAAGAUCAACAAAGGAGCUCCGAAUGAUAAUCUGCCCAGACUCGUUGUCCUGUCUGGACGUACCGAACAAGCAGUUGAAUCAUUUCUAAAUGAGAUCGAGAACCGGCCGAUAGACGUCGAAUAUGUACGGCUAUUGCAUGAUCUUUACGCUGACGAGAUGAAAAAUCAUCCUUACAGAGGAUACGUGAUUGUCGAAUCUAAAACGCCGAUCAAAGCGGCAAAUGAAAUACAAUAUUAUUCAGGUGAAAGAAGACCGAUUUGUUUUGUGUUCUCCGGAAUUGGAUCGCAAUGGAUUGGCAUGGGUCAAGCGCUACUGCGAUUCCCAGUAUUUUCCAAAACCAUAGAAAAAUGCGAUACGAUUUUAAAAAUGCAUGGAAUGUAUAUCAUUGACAUAUUAACGAGUAAACAUAAAGAUACUUUUAACGACAUAUUGAAUUCACUUGUGGGCAUCACCGUAAUGCAGGUGGGAUUAAUCGAUCUCUUAAGAUCCGUAAAUAUCGUGCCAGAUUUUGUCGUUGGUCAUUCAAUUGGUGAACUCUGCUGCGCAUAUGCGACUGGUAAUUUCACCCUUGAACAAGUGAUUUUAUCGAGGCAAGCGCAGAAUGACCGAGACGGAUUGCGCAUGCAAGCGCAGGAUGACCGAGACGGAUUGCAGAUGCAAGCAAGAGGAAAUAUCGAAAAGAUUCAGCGCGAAAAUGAAAAGCACUACGAUAAACGAAGAAAAAAGACAUUCUGUCAUCGUGAGAGCGAUCUCGUCGCAAGUAAGCGGACGCAACAAAAUCCAGGUCUCAAGUUGGCGCCUGAAUAUCUUGGACCGUACUCUCUAAAAGAGGAAGUAAUGAACACAAAAGAUAUCUACAAGGAACUCAGACUACGCGGAUAUCAAUACGCCGGCAUAUCGGGUUUGAAGAGUUCGUCGACUACGGGAAAACAAGGGCACAUAGCUUGGAUGUACAAUUGGGUAACAUUUAUGGAUAAUAUGCUGCAAAUGAAAAUCCUCGGGAUAGACACGAAGAGUCUUCACGUUCCCACGGAAAUACAAAAGUUGGUAAUCGAUACGAAACUUCACAUACAGCAAAUACGGAACGCAGCAGCUAACGAUUAUCAGUUUCCUGUGCGUGUGUACAAAACCUACAACGCGGUAGUAUCCGGCGGUGUGGAAAUUCGCGGAAUCAAAGCUACUUCCAUAAUUCGUCGAAAGCCAGCGGAAGAGCCCGUUCUCGAGGAGUACAGAUUCAUAGCUCAUCGCGACGGAGCCGAGGUUUCAUGGCGGGAAGGCGUGAUGCUGUCGACGCAUCUUGCUCUGGAAUAUCAUCAAGUGAUAAAAGUAAAUAUUAUCGAGUUGAUCGAAGAUGAUGACAAAGUAGAAACAGAUGAAAUAGCAUCAACAUUGUUUAUCGAUAUCUUGAAUGAUCUACCGUCGCUUCAACCAAACAUUACUCUGGUGAGCAGAACCGAUCGCUUCGAUUGCGUUACUCUUCCUUCAAAAAUCACAAUUUCGCAAUCGAAGAAGUUGCCGAAUGACGAUAAUGCGAUAUUAAUCACAGGAUACAAUUUGUUCACGAAGAACAGGAGCAAGACCUUAAAAGAAAUUUUGCCGGUGUUACAAAACAAUGGAUUUUUAUUGACACGAGAACAGUCCUUCACGAAAGACGACAUUGCGACUGCCGAAAAGUACAAUUUAGCAGUAGUACUUGAGAAACGCACGCAGAAAGAGCACAUUAUACUGUUAAAGAAGAGAGAACAGUCGACGAGGAAAACUGAAGUUAUUCACGUAAACAAUUAUGAGUUCUCUUGGUUAGAGCAGCUUAAAUCGAUCUUGAACGCGGAGAAUGAGUAAAACGCUGUGAAAAUAAUUUUAGUCAGCGAGAAAGAUUCGGAAUGCGGCUUGUUGGGCCUCAUCAAUUGCUUGAGGAUGGAACCAGGUGGCGAAUCGAUCAGAGGACAUCUUCCGUUAUCGCCGCUGACACCGAAGCUCGUGUACCACGCAUUUGUCAAUCAAUUGGUGAGCGGUGAUUUGAGUUUAUUUCGCUGGAUCGAGGGCCCGAUUACACCGGAUUAUAAGGAGAAUAAUCUCGUUCACAUAGCUUACUCGUCUAUCAAUUUCAAAGAUGUAAUGAUAGCAUCCGGCAAACUUGCAGGAGAUGGUUUCAAUUCAACUCGUGGACGUCUCGAGGAUUGUAUGGUGGGUAUGGAAUAUGUCGGCGUCAAUAAUACUGGACAGAGAGUAAUGGGAAUUUGGGAAAACAGAUCCAUAUCAAAUAUGUGCACAUCCGCCAAAUACUUAUGCUGGAAUGUUCCCGACGAGUGGAGCAUGGAAGACGCUGCAACGGUUCCGUGCGCUUACGGCACGUGCUGUUACGGAUUAAUUAUCAAGGCAAAUAUGAAAAAGAGCGACACAGUACUUAUCCACUCCGGUACCGGUGCCGUGGGCCAAGCUGCGAUUCAUCUUGCGCAUCACAAAGGUUGCGAGAUAUUCACCACCGUUGGCACUCCGGAAAAGCGAAAGUUUAUCAGAGACACGUUCCCGUUCAUCCCAGAGAAUCACAUUGGAAAUUCGCGCGACAACAGUUUUGAGCAAAUGAUAUUUAAUCAGACCAACGGCCGUGGCGUGGACAUUGUAUUGAACUCGCUCGCCGAAGAGAAACUCCAAACGUCCAUCCGUUGCCUGGCGAAGGACGGGCGUUUUCUGGAAAUAGGCAAAUACGAUUUUAUGGCCAAUAAUUCGUUGAACCUGUCGAUGCUUUCGAAAGGAAUUUCAUUUUACAGCGUUAUGUUGGAUAAUAUAUUCACAGCUCCGGAAAAACUAAAAGAACGUUUGAACAUGGAAGUGGCCAUAAAUCUUGCAAAUAAAGCUUUUCAACCGAUUGCCAGAAAGAUUUUCAAAAAAGAUGAAGUGGAGGCUGCAUUCAGAUACAUGGCAGCUGGAAAGCAUAUAGGAAAGAUAAUCAUAAAAAUACACGAAGAAGAUGAAUCUAUGAGCGCACCCAUUCUUGCACUUCCACGUUAUUACUGUCUAUCAAACAAAUCAUACAUCAUCUUAGGCGGCUUGGGUGGCUUCGGCUUAGAAUUAGCCGACUGGCUGGUUGUUCGUGGCGCUCAGAAUCUGGUGUUCAUCUCGCGCGCCGGAGUAAGAAACGGAUAUCAGCAGAUGAAGAUCGAUCGUUGGAAAUCUUACGGAGUGAAAGUGCUAAUCAUAUCGAACGUCGAUGUAUCGGACGUCAAAGAUUGCGAAUAUAUGCUGAAAUCGGCAGAAAAACUGGCACCGGUGGACGCUAUAUUCAAUCUGGCUGUGGUAUUGAAUGAUAAAAUUUGCCGGAAUCAAACUGUAGAGACGUUCCAGGAGCCCUUCAAAGCGAAAGCUUGGGCCACGAAGAACUUGGAUCAUUUGACCAGAAAGAUAUGUCCUCAGCUUCGUCACUUUGUUGUGUUCUCUUCGGUAUCUUGCGGCAGAGGAAAUGCCGGACAGACCAAUUACGGUAUGGCAAAUUCCAUCAUGGAGAGAAUUUGCGAGAGACGAGUGCAAGAGGGUCAGCAUGGACUAGCGGUUCAAUGGGGUGCGGUCGGCGAUGUCGGCCUCGUGGCUGAUAUGCAAGACAACGACAAAGAAAUGGUUAUCGGCGGCACUUUGCAGCAAAAGAUAACUUCCUGCAUCGCGAAACUCGAGGACUUUUUGUUACAAAAACAGCCUAUAGUGGCGAGCAUGGUUGUAGCCGAGAAGCGGUUGAACACUUUUGGCGCAUCCAGUAUUGUCGAAACUGUGGCCAAUAUUAUGAAUCUGAAGGACAUGAGUACCGUGGCUCAUCACAUGCCUUUGUCCGAGCUUGGAAUGGACUCGAUGAUGGCCGUGGAAAUUAAACAGACCUUGGAACGGGAGUAUGAGAUUUUCCUUACCGCGCAGGAUAUUCGCGAUCUCAAUUUCGCUAAGCUCGCCAAAAUGUUUGAGAAAGAUAUGAAGAACGAGGAACUCGCCGAGAUAACAGGAAUAAAAUUGCUCAUUCGCAUAUCAGGCGAUGAUCAAUUGAUACCCGAUGUUUGUAGAAAGCUUUCGACGAAAAAAAGCACGACGGAAAGCGAAAUAUUCCUAUUGCCAGGUAUAGAGGGUUGUGCAAACGUCUUUGAUUUGCUGGUGCCAAAAAUCGAAGGUUCAGCGACGCGUUUGCAAUACAACACGCAUAACAUCGGCACAGACUUAACAUCAAUAAAAGAUAUCACUAAUAGCCUUUUAGAGCACAUUUUGAGCAGAGAACAAAAAUUGCCACAGAAUUUUGUACUAGUCGGCUAUUCGUAUGGAUCGACAAUUGCAAUUGAAUUAGCGCGGAAGUUAGAAGAAAUGAAUCUCAAAGGCCGAUUGAUACUCAUCGAUGGAGCACCCGAGCAUAUAAAGGCAAUGGCUAAUAUAAUUUGUCCUUUCACUGCGUUAGAUGAAUUUCAGAAUAAUGUUCUUUUGGGUAUAAUGGAUUUGUUUCAACCAGCAGCUAGUGGAAAGUUUGUGUUGGAGUUGAACAAAUGUACUAAUACUAAUUGGGACGAAAAGUUAGAAAUUUUUUUGAAACAUGUUUCUUCGGCUUAUUCACAAGUAAUGAUUGACAAAAGAAAAGCUUUGUGCACAACAAUAUAUAAGCAUUUGAACGGUCUUCAUGAAUACGAUGUGACACAAGUACCGAAAAUCGAAUCACCUAUAAUACUUCUGAAGCCCACGACAUAUUCGUUACUUUUUCCUCAAGAAGACUAUGGCUUGCACAAGAUUACUAAAGGAAAGAUAGAAAUACAAUAUGCUGAAGGCACUCACAUAACAAUAAUGGACAAUGAGAAAGUCAUUGCUGUAAUUAAUGAAACAAUUAAUUCCAUCGAACCUAUUAAAAGCAUGCAAAUAAUGGGUAAUAAUAAUAUGACAUUUGUUUAAAAUAUCCAUACUAGACAUAGAAGUUAAUAUGCAAUUUAAAAUACUAUAUGUAUUCACAAUAUAUACUAUAUAUACACAAAAUCUAAAUACU